ACACCAUCGGAUGUCUUCCCUCUUCACAAGUCUUUCUCCCCGUCACUGGGCGGUCAGGACAUCCGUUCGCCUUUCCUGGCAGCUGGGGUUUCGGCAGGAACGGGCACUCCUGGGUCGGCACGUAAGGCUCGACUAUGCUAUGCCUCGUUGAUAAAGAAUCUCAUCAGAUGA